UGACUUUUCAAAGAUUGUUUACAAGCAAAUUGCAGAGCGUAUAAUCAUUCCAAAAAUUUAAUAAUCUCGGAGUUGUUUGUCGUGGACUUAUUGAGAUUAGUAAAAAUGAGCUUAUUAAGACUUUGUAAUAUAUUGUUAAACCUGGGAUUAUAGUUCAAACUAAUUUUCUGUGACCCACUUGUUGCGUUUAGGUUAUGGUGUUAUAAACAAAAAUAUGUUGGCUAUAAAUGUUUGGUUUUUAUGAUAAAUUUGUGUAUGCCAGACGAUAGGAAUGGAGGGUCCAGGUCUGAGCUUAUUUUUAGGUUCAGAAAAUAUCCAACUAAAUACAAAUAUACAAGACUUAGAAGAAGAUGAAGAACAAGAAGAUGCUAAGCAACGUAAUAAAGAGAUCAAGGAUCUCUUGGACAAUGCAUUUGAUGAUUUAGAUGAUGAAUCUGACACUAGUUCUAUUAAUGACAGCCAUUAUCAAGAUAGUACUAAAGGGUCAGAAGUUACUAAUACUAUGUUAAAUUCUCCUCAGAGAAUUGUGUCAUCCAAAGAUCAAACUGUAUCUCAAUUACAGAAAGAAUUUGGUAUUUAUGAUCAUGUCAAAAAUUCAAAUAACUAUGAUAGUACUAUAAUAAAUCAUAGGUCGGAGAUGGAAAUCGCUCCUUCAAUCUCCAAUAUACAAAGAGACUUUGAUGUAUAUGAUCAAACUGACACUCCAUUUUCUAAAAAUAAUAAGGAUAAUGAUAUGCACAAUAUUAUUGCUGAAACACCUUAUGAACUAACAAGAUUACCAAACACUGCAUUUCCUAAAGAUUUAAGAACCCAAGUUGAGGAAGAUUAUACAUUUAAUGAAAAUUAUUCGUAUAAUUAUCACACACCAGCUAAUCAUUACGAUGCUCAAGGUAAAAAUUAUUCAAAUAAUGGUUAUAUCGAUGGAUAUGACAAUAAUGUACAAUGUAAGCAAAUUCACGAGUUUGGAGGUGGUGACAAUGUUACAUCUGAUCAUAUAAAUCAUUGUUACAAAACAAGUCCAAAUGGCAGAUCAACAGAUGAUGGUGUAGCUUAUAAAAUGGCCGAGUAUGAUAGUAAGGAACAACUAGAAGUUUUAUAUACAGUGCGAAUGAAAGAAGUUAAGCGAUUAACAGAAGAAUUGCAACAAGUUCAGUUGGAAAAAGAAGAAGAGAAGAAUCAGCUUAGUAGGAAAAUAACACUUUUACAGGCUGAUAUUGAAAGAUCAAACAUAUCUAGAAAUCAAACGCAACAUGCUUUGGUUGAUGCAAAAGCUGAGAUUGCUGAUCUUCAUAAUCAAAUAACAUCAUUGAAGGAGAAAAAUGCAGUUUUAGAGAAAACUAAUCAAAAUAUGACAGAAGAAUUAAAUGUCGCAAGAGAUUCUGUAAUAGAAUUACAACAAAAAAUAGCUGUAUUAGAAAGAGUACAAGCAUUACAAGCAAAUGAUAAAACACAUGAAAAAUUUUUGAAACAAGCACAAGAGAAACAUGCUGUUGAAAUGAAGAAUAUGCAAAUUCAAAUAGAUGUUCUUACUGACAAACUUAAUGCAAAGCUGUUCAAUAUGGAUUCCAACAAUCAUUGUAUUUGGGAAGCAUCUUAUGUCGCUUUGGAAAAUAAAUUAGCUGAUGUAAGAAGGGCAAAUGAAACAUUGAUGGUAGAGAAAGGAGAUACAAUGAAUCGUUUAGCACAAGCAUUAGAAGAAAGUCAGGCGCAGUGUCGAAAUCUUAUGGCUACAAAUAACGCUCAGCAAGUAAUGCAGCUUCAAGCACAAAUUAAAGUUUUAACACAAGAAAGAGAAGAAAUGAAAAAAAUGAUUCAAGAAUUACAGAAUAAAUUAGAGAUAGCAAAAAAUGAUGCUGCACAGUAUGAUUCAUUGUUAGCUACAACAUUAGAAGAAGAAUCUGAUUCUAUUAGACAAAUGAAAUUAGGCGAUUUUCAUAAUAAAUCAAAAUCAAAACCCUAUGAUGAUAUUACAAAUAAGUUAAGGGGAGAAUUGCAAAGAUGUUUAGCUGGACAAGCUGUCAAAAGGAAAGAAAUAACUCGAUUAGAAAAUACUUUAUCACAAAAAGAAGAAGAAGUUGAUAAAGCUUUAAUUGUAGCAGAUAAAUGUCGACAAGAAGCAGCUCGAUACGCUAAACGUGUUAAUGAACUAGAACAAGAAUUGAAAUCUGUACUUACGAAUGAAGCUUUGAAAGCAAAUGCUCAAAUACAGAAGUUGUCCAAUCAUCUCAGUGAUGUAAAAAAACAAUGCGAAUCAUUGAGAGAAGAAAAAACAAAAUUAGAACAGAAAUUAGAAGAAACAUUAGCAAUUAAUGAAGAAACACUUCUAAAAUUACACCAAGAAAACAUAAAUCAGCAAGAAAAAGACACCAUUGAUGAGUACAAUAAAGAAUAUUUAGAAAUACAUGCUAAAGCUGUAGAAAGAGUUAGGCAAGAAGCACGAGUUGAAGUAGUGCAAUUAUCUGUGCAAUUGGAACAAACGCAAAAAGAGUUGGAUCGUGUUAAAGAAUUGUAUAUAGAUAUCUGUAGUACAAAAGAACAAUUAAUAAGUGAACACAAAUCUGAAAUCAAAAUGUUAAGAGAAAAAUAUACUAGCUUAGAAGAACGUGAAAUGGAUAUAGAAAGAUACCAACAUGAUUUAAAGGCACAAGUAAAGAUAGCAGAAAAAUUAACGGAAGAGUGCGACAUGUACAGAAAUAAAGUAAUUGAAUUAGAAAAAGAUCUAAAUUGUGAAAGGAAGAAAAAAGAUGAAUAUACAAACAAAAUUCACCGAGAAAUUGAAAAAGCUAAAGAAGAAGCUUUAAAUGAAUUACGCAAUGCCCAUCCUAACCAAGAGAUAAGUGUUCACUUGCCAGAUCAUUGUUCCGAACAUUUAGAAAAAAUAAAUCAGUUAGAAGAAGAUUGUAAACGUUUAGAAGAUAAACUACAUGCUGCAGUUAAAGAACAUAAAAAGGUAUUGGAAUAUCAAUCUGCCUUAGAUGAUGCUAAAUUAAAGACAGCACAGAUGGAAAUAUCUCAAGAAUCUUGGAAAAAGAAAUAUGAAAAUGCAAUUAGUGAAAGGAAUAAUCUUAUUACUAAAAUUUCUAAACUUGAUUCUGAAUUAUCAAGUAUCAAGCGAAAUUCAAAGAUUGAAGACUCCGAUGAUGUAAAAUUAAAAGUAUCUCGGUAUCAAAUAGAAAAUGAAGAUUUAAAAAAUAAAUGUGACAGUUUAAUUAGUGAAACAAGCACUUAUAAAGAUAAAAUCGCGCAGUUAGAAGUAGAAUUAUCAGAAACGAAAAGUAUAAUUGGAAAUUUCGAGGGUAGGUUAAAAAAAAAUAGUGAACUAUCAUCAAAUUCAAAAUGUGUAUUGGAAAAAGAACUUUCUCACUACAAAGAUUUGGCGACACAAUUAAGUAUUAAGAUAAAUCAUCUGAAGGCUGGAAGAAAGAGUAAUCAUGUAAUGGAGCAAAGAAUCAAACAAUUAGAAACAGAUUUACAAGGAAAGGAAGAGGAACUAGAAAGAUUAAAAGACUUUGACAAAAUAAAAAUGGAAAGGGAUCAAUUUGUUUUAAAGUUAAAAAAUCAAGCUAAACAAUUUGAACAAUACAUUAAGCAUCAAAAGCAAGUAUUUCCUGAAUUAAAUUUAUCACCAGGUAGUUCAAGUGAUGGCACAGAUUUUCUAAAAAUAAGGGAAGUUAUGGUAAAAGAGUUACGCGAAGAGAUGGAACAGAAGGUACAUGAAGAACUUAAACGUAUAGAGGAACAUGAUCGAGAAAAAAGGAAUGAGUUGGAAGAAACAUAUAAAACAGUUUUAAUACAGUUUUCAAAAUUAAAAAACAUAUGUCACGAAAAGACGCAGGAAGUAGAAAAUUUAAAAGUGGCGAAGGAACAAUUUAGUCAAAUGAUUGAAACUUGUUAUAAGGAAUUGGUAGCGAAACAGUUGGAAAUCGAAAAGUUGCAAGAAGAAUUAAAACAAAAAGAAAGUGAUGUGGAUGAGGAGAGAAAUCUAAUGGCUAAAGUUAUGACUAAAUGGGUUAGAGAAAUUUGGGAAGUAAAAGAUAAAGAAGUUGAAAUGACUGAAAAAUUACAGCAAUUACAGGAAAGUGAAGAAAAUUUGAAAACAGAGAUAAAAACGUUAAAAGAAAGAGAAAAAGAAAUGAAAAGUAAUAUCGAUACGUUAAAAACUAAAUAUCAGUCGGCGAAAAAGACUGCGAACAACUACAAGGAGUAUGCAGUGAAGCAAGAGAAAUUUUCAUUAAGUGAAGGUAAACGUAUAGAGGAAGGGUACAAAAAAGCCAUGAAUCAACUACAACAAAAGCUUGAUGCAAUAGUUAGUACUCAAGAAGAAAAACUUAAAGAAAUUGAAUGUCAGUAUACUGAAAGAAUAGAACAAAUGCGACUUACAUAGAAGUACAAAAGUAAAUGUUGAAGUAUAUAUUAAUAUUUAGUUUAAAAAAAUAUAUAUGUUAUAUAUAUUAUAUUUAAUAUAUAUAUUAUAUAUAUAUAUUAUAUUUAAUAUAUAUAUAUAUAUAUAUUAAUAUUUUAGUAUGCAAUAUAGUUUAAAGGAAAAAAGUAGUUAGAAGAGGCUAGAUAUUUUUUAAUUUAAAGCACUUUAUUGUACAACACUCUAGAUAUUAGGAGAUUUUUGUGUUAGGGACCAAUCACUUAAAAGUGGCAGAUGUAUAUUGAUAGAAUUAGCAAUACUUAUUUACUGUACCUUAUUUUAAGGAGUAGUAACAUAAUUACAAACAGUAAUGUCAUUUAAACGAUAAUACUAAAGUACAAUUUCCAGUUAAUUAAUAGAGAAUACUGAUUAUAAUUACUGAAAUUUAUUACUAAAAUUUAUAUAUUAAUCGUGAGAAAAUGUUAAUUUGUAAAAAGUGAAGAGAAUCAUUUUUACAUUCAUUAAUAUUAUUUCGUAAUUUUAUAAAUUGUCUAUAUUUAAACCAUAAACAAGUAAGUCCUCCUCUUUGUAUAAACGAGACACUCAGUCACAUGUUCUUACUAAACAUAUGACAUAAUAUCAUAAUGCAAGACUGGAAUAUAUAGAUCUUUUUCCUUAGUGAAAUAAACAUAAAUUCACUGUAAUUGAAAAUAUCAAAGUAUACCUUUGAGUAUUAAACAAUUGUUUACGAUUUAUAUGUAUAUCCUAAAAGGAAUUAAAGAUAUUAAUAUUAAGAUUGUACAAAAUAGACAAUGAAUGACAUUAUUCACGUUAAAUUCUAAAUUAAAAAUUCACGUUAUAAAUAAAAAUUUUACGUUUAUGUUUGAUGUGCAAAGUCGAAUUAUUAAAUGUAACCGAUAUGUUGUACAUUGAAAUUGAAUAUUCAUCUGGCAUUUAAGACAUUGCCUCAAAGUUGAUAUUACUUAAUUUUUGAGCACAUACGUAUAAAAUGUUUUGUACAAACUAACACGUGUAAACAUUUCUGUAAAUGAAUCACGAAGCCAUAAUUUUUUUCUAAUCUUAUAAUUUAUAAAAUAAGAUCAAUUUAAUGCGUGUAACAUACUCUUAAUUAUCAAACCACAGACUGUUGCGAUUAGUUUUCUUUAUAAAAUUUUUAUACAGAUUUUAAAAGUAAUUAUUAAUAAGCGUUUUUUAAUUCUUAAAAAAGAAAAAUAUAUAUUUCAGAAAUUUUUAUCACAUCUUAAGUAUGGUUUAUGAUAUUUGUGCAUUAUAUGCCGUACAUUAUAAACUAUUAAUUUUACCGGUGUCAUUACUGUCAUGCUUUGAUAAUGAUGAUUCUUGAUAAUAAUAUAAUUAUUAAAUCAUCACUAAAUAGAGAGUAUUAUUAAUAUUAGUUGUAUUUUUGUAUGUAGAAUGAAUUAAUUUAUUUUUUGUAAUAAAGAUUUUAUGUCAGUGUCUAUUAAUUAGUCAAUUUAAAUUAACUAAAACCCUAAAUAUAAUUAUAUUAACAUAAUUCAUUACUAAUAAGAAUAGAGACCAGGAUAAGAGUCAUGAAGUUCGAAAACAAAACAGGGAGAGGUAACAGUUUAAUGGAACAAUGUUUGAAGGAGAAAAGGAUAAAAUCAGAUGUUACAUUAAAUAGUAAGGAAGGAAGAGAAUUAUGUGGAAGAUUGAAUGGAGUCAGAAAGAAGUGGAGCAUAUGGGAAACAUAGAAAGGAAAAUGGAGAAAAAGAUUUUAAGGGAAAGUGACAAAGAAGUGCACACUUAAAAAAAGUACAACAGAAUAAAUAGAACAAGAUAUAACAGAUAGUGUAAGUUUACCACUUGUUUCUGUCUACUUAAGUCAAGUACUUAAAAGAAGAAAGAUGAAGGAUGAGCUAAUUGUUGGUCAUAAGAACUGUUGGUUGAGGUAUGGGAAUGUUGAAGUGAACAACAGAUUUUGGAAAAAUAAAGAAAGAAGAAGGUAUAUUGUAUGA